AUGGGUAUAACGGACGCAAGCGGACUAAAAUUUUCGGCUUUCGACUUCCAAUAUGGAUUUCGCAUCGCAGAUGUGGAUUCAACUUGGCCAGUGGACGGGUUGCUUCCGUUCGCAUUAACGUCCCUGGGCAUCAAAGUGACUGCUACUGCCGGUACGAGCGCCACGCGUGGCUCCCCUCAGUGGGAUCUCGUUGAAUCGGCCAAAUUGCAACAUGCAUGCAGCCGAAGUUCUCUCUUCUGGCGUCUCACACUCGUCAACAACCUCUCCGUAUCACCGGCUCUCAUCGUCCUAGUCUCCGCAGGCGGCUCAGACGCAAGCAUGAUCAACAGCUACGGCGGACUCGUACUCGGCAUCACAGCCCUCGACGGGCUUCUCCUCGGUUCCAAAUUCUUCAUUAUGGAAAUCAGUGCCAUGCGCUGGGUCACUCGUCUCCGUGACACCGCUUUCAGCCGUGUUCUCAGCCAGGACAAGAGCUGGUUUGACCGUCCUGAGAACGGUGCAGCCAAGCUUACCCAAGUCAUCGUGAAAGAUGGAGAUGAUGCGUAUCGUUGCUGUUGGCGCGAUGAUGACUGUUGGACUUGUCUGGGCUAUGGCUUGGGGGUGGCAGUUGAUGUUUGUUGGGCUGGCUAUUGGGCCUGUUUUGUUGGAGUUAUGGGUCUGCAGACGGGUUUGAUGGCCAAGUGCGAGGUGCACAAUAAGAGGGCUCGUGAGGAGGUUGCGAGGGUGUACUACGAGUCGAUUCUCAACGUCCGUGGUAUUCGCGCUAUGUCUCUUGAACCUGUUCUUCAGGCUUAA